AUGGACACACCAUUGCAUGUGGCUUGUUCCAACGGAUAUUUAGAUAUAGUUCGUUACCUUCUUGGUCAAGGUGCUAACUGUUACAUAGAAAAUAAAAAGAAAGAAACAGCUACAAUUAUCGCUAAAUCUUCUUCAAGUCUUUACGAUGUCUUCUGCAAUCAUCUAGUUCUUGAUUAUACUGGAAAAGAAUCAGGUAAAAUCGAUUUACCAACAAUGACGAUUGCUAAUGAAUUAUCGUUGACGAAUUAUGAUAAAAGUUCGGCUAAGAACAAUUGUGUUUGGGAAUUUAAGCCACUACAUCAACAAUAUUGGCAAGUUUUCAUGGAAAAGGAAUCAAACGAAUUGAGUACAAAUUUACGAGACAAAUCAGAUAUGCACAUCGAUCUCGAUAUUCAAGGUCAAAUAUAUACCAUAUCGAUGAUGAAAUUUCUCAAAGAAGUCAAUAGUCAAAAUUUGAAUGAAAAUCAAGCAUGGAUUCGAUGUCGUGGAUCAAAUAUAUAUAAUUUCGAUGUUAUCUCUCUAUGGCAAAUGAUGCUCAUUAUGCAUCCUUCUAUAACCAAUAAAAUACAUCAAGAACCACAGUUGAAAACUAUCACUGUACCAUCAAUAUUCGAUCGAAAUCAAUUUGCUUAUCAUCUUAACUCAUGGUACAAUGCAGACGAAAUUAUAAGUAAAUCAAUCGAUGAAGCGAUCAAUCAACGUCUUCGAUAUCUCACGAUCAAUACUCGCCUUUUGGGAAGGAUUAUUUUCAAUUUAGAAUUGUUUUCUUUUACCAAUGAGAGUAAAACAAUUCAAGGAUAUCUUCGAUGGCUACCGAAAUUUGUUAAUUUUGAUAUGAAAGCCAAACGUAUGACGCCUGUCGACAAUUUUCAAGCGAUUGAUCUUCAAAAUAAUCCACCAAUUCCUUUAAGAAAUAAACUUUUACGUGAAUUUUCGGCCAUACAUGACCAGACUACCGAGUCAAGCAAAAUUUCUGAUGAAAAUAAUGACUCGUCUCAAAGCGAUGAUGUCAUGCCUGAUGUAACCGAUCAUUUUAACGACAAUGAGACAGAAGAGAAGAAAGAAGAUAUUGAAGAUGUUUCAUUGUCAUCCGUACAAACAGAAGUAGAUACCAAAUUCCAAUGUGAUAGUGAUGAGGAAUUAAUUAUAGUCGAAAUUGAACCAAAUAACUCAGCUAUGAUAGAAAAUAUUCAAAAUAAUAUUCGGGAAAAACGCAAUGAUUUAAAUCGAGAGAAUGCUAAAGUGAAACACUAUGAGCAAAUCGUACAAAAAGAACACAAUUUGUUAAUGGAGAUUGACAAGAAGAAAAAAGAGAUGGAACCACAACAGAAUUUAAUUAGUAAAUUAUGUGAAUCCUUAUUAAACCCAUCAGUAUCGGAAGAAUUCAUUUCGUUACAAAAAGAAUAUGAAAAACAAGAAAAAAUAUUAAAAUUACGUAUGGACGAAUUAAAUAAUAUCAAACAAGAUUAUGAUCAACUUCAACACGAUCUAACAAUCGAACAAAAUAAAGUUCGACAAUUUCAAAAUCUUCAACGAGAAGAAGAACAAGCAGUGAAAGAAUUGAUUCAAAUUAAGUAUAAUAUUCCAUCUACUGAACAUGUUCAAUUACAACCGACUAUCGUCGAAAAUUAUCUGCGAACAUUGAUUUACCCUGAGAAAAUUCAUGAAAAUACCGUUGUGGCUAUUUCGACUGCAACAGGAUCAGGCAAAUCAACGCUUCUACCUCCAUUACUUGUCGCUGCUGGCUAUGAAAAAAUCUUAAUUACACAACCACGUCGAUUACCCUGUAAUCUUUUGUCAAAGCGGGUUAACUCCAGUAUGGACAGUUCUAGUUUAAGUGGUUGGGCUGUGUCCGGUGCCCGUUCUAGUAAUUUCUUACGUGCACCUAUUCUCUACUUGACCGAUGGACUCCUUAAAGAACAUUUAUUGUAUCGUGAACGAUAUUUGAUUCAACAAGCGAAGAUUAGCAAACAUGGACUUGUUUUCUUUGUCGACGAAGUUCAUGAGCGUUCGAUAAACAUCGAUCUUUGCCUAACUUUAUUAGCUCGAUUUCUAGAAAAAAAUCCUUCAAUUCACUCAAAGUUGAAAAUUAUUAUUUCCUCGGCCACAGUCGAUCCGUCCAUAGCACGAAUCUUUCGUCCAUUCAAAUUACACGAAAUGAAAUUGGAAACAUCAACUCUGCAUCAGGUCGAUAGAAAACCUCCUUGUACGGAGAAUAUCAUCGAUUUAGUUUCUCGAUUAAAUCAACAACUUGAGUCUAAUGAACAAAUACUUUGUUUCGUUAAAUCAGCACAAGAAGUGACACAAUUGAUCAAAUUAUUGAAGCUAGUGAAAGGUUUGCCAGCUUUUCCAUUAGUUCAAUCGCAGCCAUCAAGUGAACAGCAAAAACUUAUUGAAACCAAGCAUAUUUUCUUUUCUACAACAGUUGCUGAAACAUCUCUAACUUUUCCUUCGCUCAAAUAUGUGAUCGAUACUGCUCUUAUUCAUAUGCCUGUCUAUGAUCCAUCAACAGAUACAACUGAACUUUGUGAAUUGAAUGCAGCUGAAUCAACAGUCAAACAACGUCAAGGACGACUUGGACGAACACGAUCUGGUGAAUAUUAUCCAUUAUAUACGUUCAAUCCUUCCGACAAGAAAUUUCCAGUUCCACAAAUAUGUCAAACAGAAUUAGUUCAAAUCGAAUUUUCUCUUCGAAGGUCUCCAUUGGGAUGUGGAUUCGAUCAUUUAAAAAGGUGGAUGCCUAAUCCACCUAGUGAACAAGCCAUUGAUGCCGCCAAUAAACGCUUGCAUCAACUCGAUAUCCUUGAUAAACAUAAAUAUUUUACGGCAAUCGGUGUAUCGAUUUCUAAAUUACCAGAUUUCGGAAACAUAGCAAUGAGCAAAGCAGUUCUAAUAGGUUUAGAGAAAUAUAACUGUGGUCGAGAUAUCAUUCGACUGGCUGCUAUUCUUGGUGUACUCAAUACAUCGUCCAUUCUACGUUCUAUUCCUGCUAGUUAUACAAAAGCUGAAGGUGAUUUUAUGACCUUACUCACUGUAAUGGAUGCUGUUCUUGCUCAGAAACUCAUUCAACCACCACAUCUCUUCGAUAUAGAUGAUGCUUGUAAACAAACUAAUCUCGGAGGAAUAACACAUAUCCUCAAACGUGCUGUUCUAAGAUAUGAAUCAUUUGAAAAAUUUUUUUUUUGCUCAUCAAAAGAAUACCGUGCAGCAGCUCAGUGUUCAUCCAACGGUGACUGGGAAUCCAUCGCUCGUGCUCUUCUCGAGGGCUACUCAGACAAUGUCUAUCUAUCACUGGCAGAAAUUCAAGGUAGAAAACAUUAUUACCUUCGCUAUACAGUUCCAAACACGACAGAAAAACAGAGAAAAGCUGUUCUUGAUUCGACAUCGAAACUUGCACGGCCUCUCAGUGCACAGCCUAUUUCUUUAGUACUUGCCCGUGAUAUUCGUGUUUCAACAGAUAUUCGAGCUCGAUCAAUCCUCUCGAUUCUCGGUGAGAUUCAACCAGAUUGGCUUGAUCGAGCUCUUGAACGUGACAUUCCAUUAACCAAUAAAGAAAUCCAAAAGUAUAAUGAAGAAAUCAAAUCUAGUCCAGAUUUUAUGACCAUAUCAAGUAAUAUUGUUUGUUCUUUAAGCGGCAGACAAUUAACUUUAUCGGGACAAGCCGGUUGUGUGCUAGCGACGGAAUUACAUAUACGAAAUAAACUUGUGGUAAAGUAUACAACGCAAAUUAUUUCGGAGGACGAGAUCGAUAAGUCAUUAAAACAGAACGUUGAAAAUCUAAUCGAUACAUUGCAUAUUUUUCUUCCAAUGGUAUGGCGUUGGAAAGCAGAAAAACAGGUGAAGAUAAGGUUUCUUCAGACAAAAAAAGAAGGCGAAAUUGUAAUCAAAGCUCGUGAUGAAGAUUAUGAAAAAGUACGAAAGGAGCUUGAUUCAUUUGUUGGAUGGCUUCGACCAUGUAAAGCUUUACAUUUGCAUCCAGGCCUAUCACCUCGCCGCUUUAUUGAUCCGCAAACGAAACAACCAUCGUCCGAUAUUGAAAGUCGUAUCAGACGUAUUACUGAUAUCACGCUAACUUCAGUUGAUCUCUGGCCACGAGUUCGAGGACCAGCAGCGACGAGAGAAACACGAAUGGAAGUGGUAGCAUGGACAGCAGUAUGCCAUUUUCACUGUAAACUAGAAGGUGGUUUUAUUCGUGAUUGGGUGGUUGCGAAUCAGUCAGCUCGACCUCCAUUAAGUACUCCACGCCAACAAUGGGUUCAAUUUCAAAAUAAUAUUCCGGCUAUAGACAAAGGUUUAAUUCCAUCGGAUCUCGAUUGUCAUUUACCGCUUGAUCAUCAUUUUGAUAUCGAUCGAUUUCUCGAUGAAAUGCACAAAUUUGAAAUAUCAACAGAAGUAUAUCGGCAGCAUUGGCGCUAUAUAUUACUCUUUGAUCGAGAUUAUCCGACGGGACCAUUCACGAUGGAUCUUAUCGAACCUCAUGUUGCACUCACACACAAUCGCAUUGAUUUCGAUGUCAACAAUCUAUAUGUCAUGCGUGAAUUCUGCGCAGAACUAGGUCAACGAGUCAAUCUUCAUGAUCCACCGUUUUCCAUUGAUCUUGAAGAAAUUGUUCAAAAGAUAAAAAGUAAACAAUUUCGUGUACUACGACCCAUUGAUAACAUAGUACAGACGCGUAUCGAUAAGAUGCUCGCACGUGGAUGGCAAAAGACCGAUGAAGAUUUGAAUUAUAUUCCACCACCACAAAACAAUUUCAAAUUUGUCCUAGAUCCACUACCACAAAACUAUCAACUUUACCAACAAGUUGAAAAUGCGAUGAAACAAAUUCCCAAUGUAAAAAUUCUGUCUAUUGAGCAAAUUCGCAAUCCAGUUGUCUACGAAACCUAUCAUGCGAUGAAAAAAUUGAUUACAGGUCAAUGUCCUGAUGGAAAUCCGAAUGAAUGUUAUUUAUUUCAUGGUACAUAUACGAAUAACGCUGAAAGCAUCAUGACGAUGGGUUUUGAUGAUCGCUACUUUAGCAAGAAUGGCUUAUAUGGUAAGUCAUAA